CCCGACACCUGCGCUUAUUCACGAACGUCGACCACGACAUCGAGAGCCUCGCCGCUCAUGUCUGCGUUCUCGACGUUCCUACGCCCUUUACCUGCGACUCGCAGAACAUAUUCUGUCUUUUCGAAACCUGGCGGUGGCAGAUACUUCAACUCCGCCAAACCUCUCCAAGCAACCAACAAGAAGGUCGAUGCCUCGAGCAACGCGAAUACCGAGACGCAAUCCUCGUCAGAUCCUACGGAAGACUCGUCCACAGCUCCCCCUGGUCAGUCUGUGAAUGACGCAAAGUCGUCCAUUGUCACGCCCUCGCUUGGUGUCGGCUUCGCUCCCUUCCACUCGCCAGUGAACCCACAUGAUCUCAAGCUUCACCAGUUUUUCUCCUUGCACCGACCUCUGCUCAACAUCGGCCAGCCAGGAAUUACCAUAUUUGACCCUCUGCCCUCGUCGUUCACGUUUCCCCCGGAGACCGACGCGGAGACGGCCAAAUCCGGAUCCCUCGAGGAUCCACCAGAGGCCUCGCUCGAGUCAGACGCUGAUGCCGCACGGCAGCUUGCAAGAGCAAUGGUGACGAAUAGGAUCAGUGCUGCGCUCUCGUGGGAGCAGACGUUGCAGAGGCUGGGCCUGAAUGAGACGAAGGGUCGAGCUGAGGAAGUGAGCGCUGCUCAGGCGGAGUUCGACGCGUACAUGGAUAGUACCAAGAGGAAGAGGCGCAGGAAGAUGAAGAAGCAUAAGCUGAAGAAGAGGAGACGGCUAACUCGGAUGCAGGAGGAGAACCGGGGGAGGAAAUAGGUUUCAUGGUAUUUGUCGCGACAUUCAGUUCCCGCACGCUCAGUUUGUUCGUACUUCCAACACUUUCAACAUCAUCAUUUAUCGAUUUUGCCAUCCACGACCGUUUCACCUGAUACCAUCUAAGAGCGCCCUUAACGCUUGAUUCGCCCGGCAUGCCAAUUCAUUUAUGAUCCCGUGGACAAUUAUACAGAAGGUGCGUUUACCGCGUGCGUUCGGGGCGAAGGUACGUUGCAUAUUC